UUGAUUUAAUCCUAUAGCGAUUCGCAUUUCAGUCGCUGAGUGUGGCACUUUUUCGUGGCCAUUCACCUAAAUUUAUGUAUGGGAUUUGAGUCUCCUGAAAAAUCAGAAAACUCUACUCCGCGGUUAGCAAGACAGUUCUCUAAAGAACAAACUCUACCUUGCAAGUAGACACACAUGGUGUUACCGCAAUAAUAACUUUGGAUACAUUUAUCAGGUCGCUGCAGAUAGAAUGGAUGUUGCACAUUCUGAUGAGGACCGAGGUAUCAAAGAUGUUGGUUCACCAUCCAUGGUUGUAGAUACCAUAGAGAAAGAUGUAGAUACCAAAUGCGGGUACUUCUGGUGGAGGCCAUCGUGCCUCCAACGCUUCGCAAGGCCAGGUGUGUUCCUCCUGGUCAUGUGCCUCUUCGUUGCCUGUGACGGUCUUAAUGUCGGCAUCAUCACCGGCUCGAUCACCUCAAUCGAAGCCCGCUUCCAGUUCACCCUGACGGAGCUCGGCAGCAUGCAGACUGGGUACUGCACUGGCGGAAUCGUGGGCCUGCUUUUUGCGAUGUACGUCGGCAGCCGAUCUGGCAGCAACCGCCCUCGACUGAUGGGGAUCUGUGGGGUGAUCAGCGGUCUGGCGAUGGCAGUUCAGAGUCUGCCACAAUUUAUUCAGGGUCCGUAUACACCUCCAAGUCUUGCCGGGUUGGAAAACCAAACAGAUGGGACUCUUAGCUCGGCGGUGCUGACUUGUUCAGGACAUUCUCAGGAUUGUGGUGAUGGCGUAUCUCACGGGAUAUCAUCUACUAGCGCGGCUUAUUACAUCUUUGUUUUAGGGUCCGCAUUGCAAGGCAUGUGUGUGAUGCUCGUGUACCCCAUAGGGAUCGCUUACAUCUCUGACUGCACUACACCAGGAACCACAUCGCUUUACAUCGGCAUUGUCAAUGCUGUAUUGGGCCUCGGGCCCGUUGCUGGGGUCAUGCUUACUGCUGCUGUCAUCGGUGUCUGGGUGGAUUUUUACGGCUUGGAGCACGGCUCCGUACUCGCUCUCAGCCCGGAGGACUCGGAAUGGAUUGGGGCGUGGUGGCUUGGUUACUUAGUGGUCGGGAUAGUCUUCAUUAUCUUCUCGACGUUGUUCCUGUUCUUUCCACGGAAGAUGCCAUCAUCGAGUCAUGGGGAGUAUGAUGUAGUGAGUGGAAAGGAAGUGAAUAACAAAGUGUCGAGCGAGGAAGGGUACCUGACCGCAAAAGAGUUUUUCCGGGCCUUGUUGAACACUCUGAAGAAUCCGUACUGCUCAGUGACGUGUUUAUCACAGAGCAGCUUCUACUUCAUUCUCUAUGGCUACGGUGUCUUUAUACCCAAGUACCUCGAGGUUGAGUUUGGUUAUGGAAGACAAGACGCCGAUCUACUGACAGGUAUUUUACUGGCUCCUGCCUACGCUGUGGGUGAACUGCUUGCCGGUUUCCUAGUGAAGAAACUCAACUUGAAACUGAGGGCAAUAAUCCGUCUUACAUGCGGCGUCCUGACUGGGUGUGUGUUUGGUCUUUUCUUGCUCAUGUUUGUUGGAUGCGACAAUAACAACGUUGCCGGUGUCUUCUCCAGCUACGAUGGAUUAAGCAAGCAGAGUUCAUCAGUCGACCUGGAAGCACCAUGUAAUGUCAACUGUUCUUGUUCUCUGUCUGUCUACGCCCCCGUUUGCAACGAAGUCGGAGUAACUUAUUUCUCCGCAUGCCACGCUGGAUGCGCUCAAUCAAGUGUUAACAAAAGUUUCACUGACUGUGCAUGUGAGACUGCCUCUUUUAACGACUCUGACGAACUUCAAAUGUCUAGUUCAGUUGUAGAGGGCGCUUGUUUCUCUCCCUGUGGGAGUGGGGUUAUAUUCCUCAUUGUGCUGAUCUGUGUGUUUGUGUUGGCUACAUUCAGUGAUCUCCUACGACUGACAAUCAUUGUUCGAUCAACAUCUUCAGCCAAUCGACUGGUGGCGCUGUGCUUGGCGUACUUGACGCAGAUAAUAGGAAUCGUACCAUCAGGGUUGAUUUUCGGCUCUUUGAUAGACUCCGCCUGUGUGGUAUGGCAGGAAUCUUGCGACGGUGUAGGAGCCUGUUUGCUAUACGACAGAGACUACUACAGACUAUCAUACAAUGGUCUUGCGUUGGCUGUGGCUACUUUCAGCGCCCUUGUUAUGUUUGUUGUGAUGUUUUGGCCUGGGCGUAAAUGGAUUGCUUUAGCAGAAGAGGAACACGAGGGGCCCGGGCGGGAGUGGCCUGGUGAAUUGGAGGAACAGGUGGACAGCAAAGGGGAGGAAGAAACUGCCUCUUAAACCUUUUUUUUUAAUCUUAAUUUAACCAAAUGUGUAUUGCUUGUGGGAAGCUAUGAAUUGCGCACCACCAUAUCUCAACGAACUUGUCUCACAGUACAGUGUUACAAUCUUCGAUUUAAAAAAAAACUUUCUAUAACUGUUCCUGCAAUGAUGGGAUAUUUUCUGUAUCCGCUCCCAAACCCUGGAACUGUAUAUUUCGCAUUUAUAUCCGAGCUACAUAACCUAUGGAUUUGUGUAAAGCAUCCACAUUGAGUUUUGCUUCAGCAACUUGAUUGUGAGUGAAUAGGAUACAAUCAGGUUUAGUGCGGUUUUUUUUUUGGUGCAUUUAAAUAUCAGGUUAAUUGUGCUUUGAAUUGCGUAAUAAUACUUUGUACGGGUAUUUGUAGCAGUAUUUUUUUCCUUUUCUUCCCCUUCCCAACGCCUUUGCAUAAUUGUUUUUGCCAUAAAUAUAUAGCGGUUUGCAAAUAAAUAGCGAGAUAAAAUUGAGCCAUUAGCCCCCUAUAUAUUUUGACGAUAUUUCUAUAAAACCAAAUAACCAGAGCCACAAAUUUAGAAUAAUGUAAAUUUGAUUGUAUAAGCAUUAUAGUUUUCACGCUCAAGGCACAAAACAGAACAGAGAGAGAACGUUUUGAGAGAUGUGCCCCUUUCUUAUAUCAAAAGUUGGAAGGUUGUACAGUGCAUGCAAUCUCAAUAAAAAUAUGCUUAACUAUGGGAUUCACUGAGACGUUCCUUGAAUGUUAAAAAGUUUAAAAGUGCCAUUUACUUUUCUCACGAGAAGCUUAUGAUUUCUUUGCUAAGGUAAAGGCUAUUAAUUAUUGCUACAUGUUUAGUCGAAAAUAAGUAGAGGAUAGUGACAGUGACAGUCAAAAGUGUUUAUAUUUUUGUUAAAGUUGAAAUAAAUCUGCUUUAUUUAAACUGCCA